GGCUUAUAACCAAAGAUCCUUUAUGGCUUCGCCGCGAUCUUCAAGACACACUACAACACCAACCGCCAAAGUCUUUCUUCGCCAUGGUUCCCAAGGAAGGGGAGGACCGCAACCUCUUGGAGAGGCGUCCUCGGAGCACGAUCCGUGACAAUGGUCGAGACAAGAGAGAGAAUCGUCACCUAGAGAGUCCGACGGAUGUUAUCGCUCUUCUCUCGUUUGGCUUGCUGGGUGCCCCGCCAACCGCCCCAACAGCAGAUGCCAACCCAGAAAGGCAUUUGUCGACUCGGCGGAAUGUUGGACGCAAAAAGAUAAACAAAGAAUCUCGCAAAGGGGCCUUCUUGUUUCCCAAUGGGGAUAGUGGUAUGAUGACUCAGUCGACGCGAAAGGAAACCUUGCCGCAGUUUGCCCAAGCGAAAAAGGACACUUCUUCUGCUACUACUACAUCUGCUACGAAAUCGGGUCAUGGGAAGACUAAAGAGGCGGAGCGAGAGCAGAACGACAGGGCUAAAUCCUCCUCUGUUAAUAAAAGUGUGCAAAGUGAUGGUGGAACCAAGGGUCAAAUGAAAAAGAACAGUUCGGCGGAAACAAUGACAGAUGAUUCUAGUGGUCUGUCCGAUACCCCGUCUCUUUCGACAACCAGCCACCACACGAGUCCGUCACAGAAUGGACCCGGCCGCAGUCCCACUCCCCGCGUUGUCAUUGGGAGUAACUUGCCGUCUCCUUUUGCGACAUUUCCUUUCUCGGCCGAAAAUGAUGCUUCCCUGUCAUCGCCACCCUCCUCCAAAACGAAUCUUCCUCCGGUUACACCUUCUCCACCCGGAACUCCUCCUGGUGAAAAAUCCAUGGCGCUUAGAGUGAGUCCUCCUGCAUCAGCUGCUGCUUUCAAGCCAAUUGAUAUCGAAACGAAAACUACUAGCGUCACAAUAAAAACGACAACUGCCCCUCCCGCCUCUACGCAUCCAACAUCUACUACGAGCUCUUCUCCGCCAAUCCAAACUUCCAUCCGGACAAAUACUAAUGAAAAAUUGGAACUUUUGGAGCAACAAGUGCAGACACUGCAGAAACAACUGGAGCAGAGCCAAGCACAAAUCCAAUCCUUGUCGUCAAACAUCAAUAACAAUAUCAAUAUCAAGCCAAUCCAACAGCCGUGCCAAUCCUGUAUCGAGCUGGCAAAGACGAUGGAGGUCAUGGAACGGGAAAACUCCGAGUGGAAAACGAGUCUUGGAGAGACUAUGGAAGCCAAGAUGGUGUUUCUUCUGCAGCAAGAAACGAUCGAGUGGAAAAACAAUCAUCAAGCGCUAGAAAAGAAACACAAAGACUUGGAAAUGAUCCAUGCCAAGCUACAACAAAAACUGGUGGAUUUGGAACAGGAGCGAAUGGAAUGGAAUCAAGACAUGUUGGAAGACACUCUCAAGUUGGUGCAGGGCGAAAAGGAUGUACUCCAAGUGCAACUGGAUCAGCAAACCAGAGACAUGUGGUCCAUGCGAGAGGAUUUGUUGGAAGAAGCAUCCAACGACCGAAAAGAGGCCCGCGAUGCGGUAUCUUUGCUGCAAUCCAAUCUCAAUCAAAUUCAAGAGACCCACCGUCGAGUGCAGGAACGGCAGCAAACAGAACUAGAUGUUACCAAACAGAAUUGCGGGGAAAUGAAAUCGGCUCUGGAAGCGCUGCAACAGGAAAACAUUCUUUUACAAUCGCGGUUGGAGGAGCAAGCUACCGAGCUGGCGGAUGCUUUGGAUUCCGCGCAAAAGGAAAAGGUUGACCUGCAUGACAAACUGGAGCGGCAGGACACGGAUAUCCAAGCUCUCCAAGAAGAGCUAGGAGCCGCAGCUCGCGAGAGACAACAAGCAAGAGACUUGGUUUCGGGCCUUCAAUACCAAAUGGAAGUUAGCAAAUUGGGCGAGAAGCAGGUGCAGCAGGCCAUUGCGCAGCUUCAAGCUCAAGCGGACGAUGCCAAGAAGGGCAAACUGGAAGUGGAGCAGAAAAUGACCGCCCUCGCCAGCGAAAAUGUAGCCUUGAGGUCUCUGCUGGACAUUCAGAGAUGUGAAAUGUCUCACCAUAAGGAAUGUCUGGACAAGGCGCAGGAAGAAUUCAGAGAUGGCAUGUCCGAGCUGAGGUCAGAAGCCGAGACCGCAAGACAGAGUCUUGAGGCGAGCCAGGAGCGAAUCAAAAAGAUUGAGGCGGAACGAGAUGCUGCACUGCUCAAGUCCAAAGAUGGCGGCGAUGCUCGCACGCAACAAGGAAACCAAGCUGCCACGGAGGAGUAUAAAAGUCGACUAGCAGAAACAGACGCCAAAGUGGCACAACUUACUGACAUGUUUCAAACCAGCGAAGCAGAAAAGUCAAGUCUCCAGACUGAGUUAUUGGCAAAACUGCACGCAACGGAAGAGAAAAUAGAAUUACUAGAGACACAGAAUGACAACAUUCUGAAAGAAAAAGAAGAAAUCAAGGCGCAACUUGAAAGCCAAGUUUCCGAAUGCCGAUCCAUUCGGAAGGAUGUCGACAAUGAAAACGCUCGCGCAAAGGAGUCAACCUCCAGGCUCCAGGCUAAAGUUGCCGCUGCAGGAGAACAGUAUCACGAGUUGCAGCAAGCUUUAGCAACCAUGAAAGCUGAUCACCAAGGCGAAAUCCACAAUGUGCAGGUCACUGAGGCCACAAGCCGUGAAAAGUUGCAAUCGUCGUUGGAACGGCACAAGGCUGCAGUGUUGGCAGCAAACCACAAGAUUGCAGCAAUGGAAAAAACGCUGCUCAAGGUGGAGGAAGAAAACGCGGCAAUCCAGGAGAAAGUGGAUCAAACAAGGUUAGAAAUAGAUACCAUGAAAAGCCUAGUUGAAGAAAAGGACAAAGCCAUCGAAGACACCACUCACAAGCUGGCACAAGCACAAAUGUCGCUGAUCACCGUUUCACACGAAAAGGAUAUGGUCCUGGGACAGCUUGCAUUGGCGGCAGAGAAAUGUUCUGAUGUCAUUUCCGCAACGGACGAAAUGAAAGUCUUGCUCGAAGACGAUGAGAAGCAAAUCAUGCAGCUGCAUACCGAACGAGAGCACUUGGUAUCCAGACUCCACCUUGCCCAUACAAAAGGAGACAGCGCCAUGCCGGAAACACCGCCGAGACGAGAUUCCUUUGAGGUCGACCCGGAAGAACUGCUGCGCAACAUGAGCAUGCCGGAAAGUCUGGAGGACUCCAUGUCCUUUGUUGGGACGGCAGGUGGGGAUGUAAAGAAAGGAAGCACGAACCGUCGUGCUUCCAUCUUGGCUUUGGAAGAAUUGGAGCAGGACCUACGGGACCUUUUGUUCCAGAGCGAAGAGCUUCUACCUGAACCUCAGCGAACGUCUCCUGUCGAUGGCGGGGAGAGGAAAGGAUCCAUGUUGGGCGGUCGACACAUGUCGCUUUUUGUGAAGCAACAGCAGCGAGACUCGGCUGAGGAGGCUCUUCUGAAAGACAUUCAAGACUUAGAAUAAUAAUACACCAGUUGAUUAGAAGAAGUUUAGUUAGAUUC